GUAUCACUGUGGAUUCCCGGUGGUGUCUGACACGCUGGCAGUCCAAUAACUCCGGGGAGGAUUCAUUUUAUCUAUCUCCCUCCUCCUCAGCUUCCUAUCUGGGCUCGCAACCCCCUCUCGAACGCAUGGAGCAAGCGUUGGUGGCGUGGAGUAGAUGUACCCACCUGUCUAUCGCUCAUCAUUUCGUCGCUAGCAAGGCAAUGGUUUCCCGGUUCCUCAACGCAUUGCUUUCUGAUCAUUUACGAGGAAAUAAAUCCCGUCGGCCACAGACUUCGGAUUAUAAACCUUCGCUUGUCUAAGAACUAUCCCUGUAGUAGUGGCUUCCGGAUAAAAGAUCGCGGAGCGUUUUUAGGGCAUUAAAUACAACUGGCUUGGAGAUUCGAAGACUGUAACUUGGCCUCGAAAAGACAUUAUUCUUCCUAAGUUUUGGCCCUUUAUCGCGGGGGCCUUGACGGGCAUUAUCAUCUUCCUAGUUCUCUAGCUAGCUAACCCCGGAAUAUCGCAGAAAAGGCUUGCCGAAGAGGUUAAAGAGGAGUAAUGGAAUCGCUGCGGCUGCUCCAGCGUCGGCGCCGCGGCUCACGGAUGCCUUAUGGAGCCUAACUUCUAAUACGGAUGGUUUCCCGCUCGUUGCGUCUUCUAAGAGCUUAUAGAUAAAUACCCCGUCCUCGACGACAGGCCGUGGUAUGUCGAUGAGAACUACACAGCCGGUAUCCGUGGAAGAGCUGUGGCAAGGGAAACACGCUAAGAUUUGGACGAAGAGGAUUCACGGCGAGCAUUGCUUAUACCAGUGGAGGAAGCUCUGGCAUGGGAUGGAGGAUAGAAAGGAAUUCCUAGACACCAAGACCUUCAGCGCCCAUCACGCACAACAUUGCGCUGACCAGCUAUCGGAGGGUUGCGAGGGGGGAGAUGACAAGACAUGGGUGGAGUUGGGCUUCUACAAGUGCAAGAGGACAAUUUGGUAGCGAGUUGUCUCUGUGGUCGCCGUAUUUCCGGGACCAUCGUUACAUUCUUCGAUCCAGCCUACGUAGAUCCCCUGUCAAUCUAUGCAUGCAACGUGAGCCAACCCCAAGGCUCGGCGGCCACAUGAGAAACACAUGGCAACCGUUAGUCAGAUGAUGCGAUUCGGACGGUAUCUAAUUUACAU